ACCUCCACCAGUGUUUAUCAGAACCCCCAACACUCAGUACGUAUUCAGAGAAUAAGAAAAUGUUCCUGUAACCUAAAAAUAUCAAGUAAACCUGGUCCAAGUAUGGAGUUCUUCUAUUCUCCUGGGCUUAAUGAAGAAAUAAACUUCGAUUUAGAAAAUUCAGAUCAUAUCAUUGUUCGACGAUCGGCUGGUGAAUCAGUAAAAUUAGCGGAAAAUGUGGUGAAAGAGGAAAUUACUUUUCUCGCCAAUAAAACUGGGCUAAAAAAAUGGCAAGUCGUCUGCGCCAUAAUAGUUCUGAUUGGUGUUGCUGUUGGGCUUCUGUUUUGGUGCAUUUGGAGAUUUUUUAAGAAAAAGAGACCAAAGGAUAGCAAGAAGAAAGGCAAGGACGGUAAAGAUCAGGAUGAUGAAGAUUUUCUGGUUGAUAACGAAGAAGAUUUGGACAUUAAGGACGAACUUGAAAUCAAGCAUGAUUCAACCGCAGAAUAUCUAGGAAAACUUCAAUACAAGCUGGAUUAUGAUUUCAACGCCCAAUCUCUAAACGUAACGGCAAUUCAAUGCUGCGAGCUUCCAGCGCUGGAUAUGGGCGGAACCUCCGAUCCGUAUGUCAAGGUAUAUCUGAUGCCGGACAAGAAACGUAAGUUUGAGACAAAAGUUCACAGAAAAACUCUCAAUCCUUUCUUCAAUGAAUCUUUUUCUUUCAAACAGGUUCCGUACAGUGAAACCUUCGACAAGACCCUGGUUUUUGCAGUGUUCGAUUACGACCGGUUCUCUAAACACGACCAGAUCGGUGAGGUAAAGAUCCCUCUGUGUAUGGUAGAUCUGGCGCAAACUAUUGAAGAAUGGAAGGAUAUCCAGUCGGUGAAGGUAGAUGAUCAGUAUCUGGGAGAUAUUUGCUUCUCUCUGCGAUAUGUGCCAACCUCGGGAAAGUUGACUGUAGGAAUUCUCGAGUGUAAAAACUUAAAGAAAAUGGAUAUUACGGGAGCUUCAGAUCCCUAUGUUAAAAUCAAGCUAUUGGACAGAAAGGGGAAACGAAUUGGAAAGAAGAAGAAAACUUCAGUGAAAAUGGGAAAUCUUAACCCAUAUUACAAUGAGAGUUUCGUCUUUAUCGUUGAACAAGAGCAGCUGAGGAGAGUAAGCCUGGAGAUGGUUAUCGCUGACUAUGAUAGGAUUGGGAGCUCGGAUCCUAUUGGAAGGGUUGAACUUGGUUAUAACAGAAAAGGAUUGGAACUGAAGCAUUGGAAAGAGAUGGUUGAGAAUCCACGACGUCCGAUUGUACAUUGGCAUGUACUUAAGGAUCCUGAACCAGGAGAUGACGAUGAUGAUGACAAGAAGAAAGAUAAGAAGAAGGAGGGCGGGGAGAAGAAGGAGAAAAGAAAAGAAGAUUCGAUAAAAAUUCAAUAAUCAAUUCCGAUCUCAUUGAAUAGGAAUAAUUAUCCUCUCAUCUAACACUAUCAAGAUAUUAUUAAACACCAUAAUAUUCCACUAAUGACAUCAAAGUCAUAAUUAACUUCUUAAACUCUUGAAUUACGUUUAAAAACUAAGCUUAUUAUUGCAAGUACCAAAACCAGGUUUCCUAUGUAAAAUGUGUCUAUUAAACCAUCAACGUUUUAAUUCCUUCAUUUAUGUUUUUGGCCAAAUAAUCAGACUUAGUUCCUGCCAUAAUAAUUUUGGGGCAUAAUAUGCGAAAACAGCACAAAGGUUCGGAAUAAAUUAAUUGUUUGAAAUAUUUUUAAAAACGUCCAAAAUACACGCUUCCGUCGUCUUCCAAAUCUUCUCUUGCAACACUUUUCCUCUUUUUCUAACCCUUACUUUUUAAUCUUUUUCAUUUUCUAUUCUCGACUUUUUAUUUAAUAUUUUCUUCAAUUUCUCUUCUAUAUCUUAAUACCUUUUUCAUUUCUAAUAACCAUGAUUCAUGAUACCCCCCUCCCCCCACCUCCCUCUUCCCUUCCUCUCUACGAAAACUCUAUUGAGUAAAGAUUGACAUAUCAGCUAUGUUAUCAAUUCUUCGUUGCAUUGUAGGACAUAUUUAACAUAGGAAACACUACAGAAGACCAGACUGAAUACGGUAAAAAUAUUAAUAUUUUUUGCGAAAUAAUUUUUACAUUUUCUGAUCUAUUACUUUAUUUGACUCCAAAUGUAAACUAGUUUGCAUCCUCGUCUAAUAUUAAACAAUCAUUUAAUGGAAAAUUGAUGUAUGAGUAUUGUGUAUAUAUAUAUCCAUUGAUUUAUAGUCUACACGAACAGGGGCGCGAAAAAUGCGCAUAAAGGAAUUGAGUCUUUGUCACAAAGACAAAUUUUUGAAUCCAAAUAUCUUAGCAACCUGAUGGUUUAAACC